AUGGCACUCCGUAUCACCACGAGGCAGCUGUGCCAGAAACUUCCUAGAAGCAGCGCAAGCUUGCAGCAGAUUGCAAUUCAGAGACGGCACCUCGCCACUACGUCAGCGCCGCCAGUCACACAAAAUGCCACAGGUUCCAAGGGCCCAACAGCGAUGGUCUUCCUCAACAUGGGCGGCCCAUCCACCACAGCGGAGGUCGGCGACUUCUUGAGUCGCUUGUUCUCCGAUGGUGAUCUCAUCCCGCUCGGGCGACUACAAAACUAUCUUGGUCCAUUGAUCUCUGCUCGCCGCACACCCAAGAUUCAGAAACAAUACGAGGCCAUUGGAGGAGGCUCACCUAUCCGAGAGUGGUCCGAACAUCAAUGCGCUGAGAUGUGCAAGAUCCUCGACAAUAUUUCGCCCGAGACGGCCCCUCACAAGCCCUACGUCGCUUUCCGCUAUGCGAAUCCCCUCACCGAAGACAUGUACAAGAAAAUGCUCCAAGAUGGUUUUGGCGGCGGAAAAGGUGGUCGAGCUGUGGCGUUUACUCAAUACCCCCAAUAUUCUUGCUCGACGACGGGCAGCAGCAUCAACGAGCUGUGGAAGUGGCGACACAGACUGGAAGGCAACACGAGGGCAGAGACUGAGGGUGCGAUUAACUGGAGUGUGAUUGAUCGCUGGCCAGUACAUCCCGGCCUCGCCAAGGCUGUUGCGCACAACAUACGGGCGAAGCUUGCCGAAUAUCCCGAAGAGCGAAGAAAGGACGUCGUCCUGCUCUUCUCUGCCCAUAGUCUGCCCAUGUCGGUCGUUAAUCGAGGUGAUCCAUAUCCUGGUGAAGUUGCGGCCACGGUCUAUGCUGUCAUGCAGCAACUCAACUUCUGCAACCCUUACCGGAUCUGCUGGCAAUCGCAGGUCGGUCCCAGUGCCUGGCUGGGCCCUCAGACUUCGGACACAGUCUCGAGCUACGUUGCUCGCGGUCACACAGAUCUAGUACUCGUUCCAAUUGCCUUCACCUCGGACCACAUUGAGACUUUGUAUGAGCUAGACGAGGAGGUCAUUGGCGAGAGCGGCCACAAGGAUACCAUCAAGCGAGCAGAGAGCUUGAACGGCAGUCGCAUAUUUAUCGAGGCUCUCGCCGAUAUCGCGAAGCAGCAUCUCCAUAGCGGCGACGCCUGCUCGAAGCAAAUGCUUCUGCGCUGCCCUGGAUGUAAAAGCGAGCGCUGUGAAGAAUCGAAAAGGUUCUUCGCCCAAGGCCAAGGCCCUGUACUUUAA